AUGCAUGUGUUCAAAACGGAAAGUCUGAUCUGAAGCCAGCAGACGUGAAACCGACAGCACGUACGUACGUGUGAGGGCUGAGGGCUGCUCGGCGGCCAUGGGACAAUGGUGCUUUAAGAAACGCGCAGCUCUGGUGAUUAUUGUGGCCAUUAGCUCGCUGCAGCUGCUCCUGAUAACUGCUCAAGAAGCUGGAGGAGACCACGAGGUGUGGUCGUCGUCAUCCUCGCCGGCCGGUGGUCGUGGUGGCGGCGCCGUCGUCGUCCCGACGGCGCGGAUGGGGCCGGACGGGUCGUCGACGUCGUGUUCGGGGGAGGAGGCGGUGGUGGUGUACCAGAGCAGCGCCAACCCUCUGCCCAGCGGCAUCCCGGCCUACACCGUGCAGAUCAUCAACGUCUGCGGCGGAGGGUGCACCGUGUACGACGUGCACGUCUCCUGCGGCGACUUCGCCUCCACGGAGCUCGUCGACCCGGCCAAGUUCCAGCGCGUCGCCUUCGACGACUGCGUCGUCAAGGGCGGCGCCGCCUUGGAACCCAGCGAGACCGUCUCCUUCCAGUACUCCAACUCCUUCUCCUACCAGCUCAGUGUCGCCUCCGUCGCGUGCCACUAGAGAUCAUCGAACCACAGGACCACUACUACUAGAUGAUCAUCGUCGGUCGUCGUUACGUUGUGCUGUACUAGUACUACUGCUGUUGUUAUGCUAACUAGCUAGUUCCACGUACGUUAAUUGUUCAGUCUAUCUGCACUUCUGUUUAAUUUCUAUCGUGUGUGUGUAACUAUAUAUUUCUACGGUCGUCGUAGUUCGGCAUCAAACUGGAAGUGAUCAAUCAAGGG